AUGGGGCUUCUCGGUCUCCCUGUCGAGAUAAUUCUGCUGAUUGUUUCUCACCUGGACUAUGAGUACGAGGUCAACGCGCUAUGCCGCACUACUCGGCGCUUGCAUGAACUGUUGAACCCCAUCCUGUACAAGCGUAGUGUCUCGCACCGCAAGGGGGGCUACACAUUGGAAUGGGCCGCUGACCAUGGGUCUGUUUCUACCUGUCGCCUAAUUCUCGGAGCUGGUGCCCCGCCCGAUGCCUGCGGAAGCAAGUCCUGGCAACCCUUUGCCUUGGCCGCCCUCGGGGGGCAUAAUGAGAUUCUGGAAAUGCUAUUUGAGCAUGGGGUAGACCCAUCUUCCACAGAAACUGACUGGGAGAACCAUCUAGACGAUUGGGGAGGUUUCCGACGCUCGUCUGGUAUGAACCCGCUCUCCUUGGCGGCUUCACAUGGCCAGACUCAUACCAUCAAGCAACUGCUUCGAUAUGGUGUGCCCCCAGAUCUCACAGACGACUCUGUUCAGCAAACAGCCCUCCAUGUUGCAGCAUUGCGCGGCUUUGAUGACAUUGUCGGUAUAUUAAUCGAUUCGGGAUGUUCGGUUAAUGCCCAGGAUGCGCAAGGAUUAACGGCCCUUGCAUGUGCAGCCCUGGGCCAUUUGGAUAUCGUCCAACUCUUGUUAUCUAGAGGAGCAGACCCUAACAUCGUCUCUGAGAAUAUGGAGACAUCACUUUGUAUGGCGUCUCUAUCCGGUAACAUCGACAUCGUGCGCUGUCUUCUCGACCACGGGGCCACUAUCAGCCCAUCACACCCAGACGGCCUAAAACCGCUCCUUCAAUUAGCUUACACAGCCAAGGAAGGGUAUGAUGACAUUGUCGAGCUGCUGCUCACUCGAUUUGAUUACGUCAAAUCCUCUACAGAGCCCUACCAGCAAGCCGUCCUUCUAUGCGUCGCGGCGCUAACCGGCCGCACCGCACUGCUAACUGAUCUCUUAUCAAAGUACAAUUUUGACCCCAACCUCCGCAUCACAGACCAACGCAUCCUCCGCUCCUCCCAUCCCCGCUACCCCUCGCAAUUUGGGAAUUCAAUGCCGAAAACGGCUAUUGACUGCGCCGCAGAGCGCAACGAGCUGGCCGCAAUCGCCAUCCUCCUCUCGCAUGGCGCAAGCAUCAACCCACAUUUAAACGACACUCUCAGCCAAGACAGGUCUCCUCUCCUUCGUGCAAUUAGCAACGGCCACAAGGAAGCCGUCGCAGUCCUCCUUGAACAUGGUGCCAACCCAAACGAACCCCCCGGCCGAGCUCUCGUCGCAGCCCUCCAACACCCACCCGUCGUUUCACUCCUCCUUUCUCACGGCGCAGAUCCGAUGGCAAAUCUGGAAGACUCUACCGGACACAAUGUCAUCAGCAGUGCCAUCGAAUCUGGUGCCGUCGACGCCCUCCAUAUACUGCUUGACCCCGAGACCACAAAGAAACUUGCCGACGGCUUAGCAUCAAUGGGACAACCGGAGAAGGUUAGUGUAGCGGUACUGAUGGAUGCCGUCAAGGGCGGCGAAAAGACCGUCCAGUUUCUCCUCGACCGGGGUAUACUGAUUAUGCCAAAAGAAGUCCCCGAGAAUGCUGCAGAGGCUUGCCUCGAUAUUGCGGCCCAAGAUGGUGGCAUUCCGCUUAUGCGUCUGCUUCUGGACUUGGGACUUGAUGUCCACGCGGGUAAUAACGCUGGGAAACUGCUUCAGUGGGCUUCAAUGAGAGAUGAAGAACUCCUUGAUUUCCUCUUAGAGAAUGGAUGCAGCAUUGAUGAUCCAACUAGCCAAGGUGAAACCGCGUUGGUCCUUGCAGUGAGACACCAGGACACGGACGGUGUGCAAUUGCUCUUGGAUCGAAAGGCGGACCCUUUGCUUGUUUGCGCUAAUGGUAAGACAGCCCUGUCAGCUGCAGUGAAAGAGCACGACUCCUGGACCGUUGAGUUGCUCCUGCAGGUGUUUGAAGAAAAGGGGCACGGGUUUGGUGUCUGUGAGGUUGAAAGGGUGUUGAAAUGGGCAGAAACCUAUGAGCUGUUGGAGCGCGACAACGUUAAUCAUUGGAGGGACAUUGUUAGGGUGCUGCGUCGGUAUUAUUGGCGGACGCGCUAUCCAGUGUGUCCCUGA